CACAGCAGGUGAUUUCCGUUGAGUCGCGUGAAGUCAAAAACCAUGGUGAAAGCGGUCGUCGGAGAAGAAACCCGGCUCCAGUUGGCGGAGGAUCGCCUGUCUCGGAGUUCACUUCCGGCGCAGGUCGGUCUAGUGAUAGGAAAGCUUAGCUCGACUCUAGACAGAGGCUUCGUGUUCGAUUUGGUUCCGACCCCUCAGAACGAUGCCGGCCAGCCAGCUUGUUCUGUUAUAGAGGCCGCCAAAGAUGAUAAGAAAAAAGGACCGAAAUCCAAAUCUCAGGCCGCCGAUACUUCCUCCUUGAUCAUUGACAAGGAUUGGGUUGCUGAACACGCCCGCCAGGUGUCAAGGAUGCUGGUGGGUGGUAUGAAUGUGGUUGGCAUUUAUGUGUGGGCUAGUGAGGCCUCAUUCAAGAAUUCUGCUUUGGUGUUUUGCCAGACCAUAAAGGGAGUUGCUGAUGCAGCAUCAAUGCUGGAGGCUGACCUGGAUGAAAGAUUGCUUAUUCACAUAUGUUACAGUCCCAGGAGAUGGGCAUGUCGGAAUUGCACACUGUCCUCAAAUGUCACAUCAAACAGCUUGCGGCCUUGUGAUUUUAAAAUGGGAAGGGUGUUAACUUCCCUUCAGACUUUUAAGUGCUUGUAUAACUUUGAUCUUAGGUUGCCAAUAUAUUGUGAGAGUGCAUCAAAUUCCCAAACACUUAGUGAUAUCCUUCGUCAUAGAAUUUCAGUUUAUGCAAAAGAGCUAAGAAGUGCAAAGGCUUUGAUUGAUGGAAACCUGGUUGUUGAUGCUGAGACAUGCACAACAGAUGGUUUGCAUGAAGUUGAGUUGCUUCAACCAUUCAUGAAGGAUACAUAUAUUGAAGCAUGCAGCCAGAAAGAUAUUGUAGGUGUUUUAGUCUUUACUGGUUCUGUGUGUUCAUUUGCACAUUUGAACUCCAAGGAACCUAUAUCACAGGCUAUUGCUGAUAUAAAGGGUGAUAUCAUCAGGAGUUUGCAAAGUAGGUUAGACAUCUUAUGUGAUGAGGCAGAUGGGGAUCUAGGCCCAAGUGACAAUGGAAACAGGGAAUCAAGCAAUGAGGCAUCGUCUGAAAAACCUGUUUCACAACUUGUUUUGCACUCAUUGAGAAAAGUUUGCAAUCUUGCUUUUCCCCGGCGAGUCUUUGUUCCUUGGUUGAUGGGGACUUACGUGUGUGAUUAUCUACAACCAUCUGAAACAUUUGAGGUUGUGAAAGAUCAUUGUGUAGAGUUGAUGUCUAUGGAACCUCCAAAUGAUACCUCAACAAUCUUGGAACCAGAAGCAGAAGCCCCCACUGCAAUCACGGGAUCCUUUUGGGAUUCAGUUGCCCCCUUUAGCUCUUCAAUAGAGAAGAGCAAGGAAAACCCCAAAGUGGUUAAUGCCCAGAAAGCAGUCAAGUCGAAUAAUAUCAAGUUCAUUGCUGCUGUUUUUGUCCUCCUCCUCUCAAUCAUAUUUGGGUAUCGGGUACGUCCCUGUUAUUAGGCGAUAAUCAAUUUUCUUUAAUAGAUUAUUUUUUGUCAAUCGAAAGUAUAGAUGGUUCUGUUAAAAAGUCUAAUACUGAACGAGUUAGAACCCAAUAGAUGCUAGUUGGCUCUAUUAAUUUCAUACAAACAAUCCUUUUUUUUUUUCUUUUUGGAUCCUAAGUUGUAUAAUAAGAAAUAAUCAUUUCUCAU